CUCAUCUUACCUCCAUCUCUCAUCUCCACCUCCAAUUCUCUUAUCUACCUCCAUCUCUCAUCUUCGCCUUCAACUUCUGUCCCAAAACCCCGAUUUCUCCAAGAAGCACCUUCUCUUCCUUUCAAGAUCUCCUCUUCCUCACAACCAGCCCACAGUGCUUCCCCUAAGAGCCAGGUGACUCUCUCACCUCACAGACUUCCCUUUAAUAUCCCUGACCUAUUCUGGGGUCACUUGGCCCCUGGCCCCUCCUUUUCUGGGGUAGUGUGUUUCCUGCCUAUACCCCUAUCCUAAAUCCUCACGUACUCUCACACAGCUUCAGCCAUUAUCAACAUUCUGCUAUUCUUGGUUUAACUAUAAUUUCACCUGCUCCCCAGUCUGACCCACCUGGUGGGUAAGAUUAAUUAAUAAUCUUAAUUAUUAUUAAGAUUUUUAUAGUUCUUUUUUGCAGGUUAUGACUCACACACAUGGCAAUGCAUGAAUCUUAGUGUACCAUAUUGCAAAGGGAUCCCCAAUAACACACACUGAUAACAAGUGCUAGAAUAGUUCCAUCCACCCCAGAAAAUCCCAGUUAGCUCCUCCCCACCUCUGCAACCACUGUUUUGAGAUUUUUCACCUUAGAUUAACUCAUAGAAGGUUCUAGAAUGUCAUCAUAUAAAUGGAAACAUACACUCUAUGUACUCAUUUGUAUCUGACUUCUUUCACCCACCCUGUCUAUGAGACUCAUCCAUGCUGUGUGUGUAUCAGAAGUGUGUUCCUUUGUAUUGUUUCAUAGUAUUCUACUGUGUGAAUAUACAAAAUGUGUUUAUCUUUGCUCUGUCUGUUCACGGACAUUUGGGUCAUUUCCUGGUUUGGGCUAUAAUGAACAAAAACCUUCUGUGAAUAUUCUUAGAUAAGUCUUUGGUGAACAUAGGUUUUCAUUUAUCUCGGACAAAUAAAAAUAUCUAGGAGUGGAACUGCUGGCUCAGAGGGAAAGUGUAUGUUUAACUUUGUAAGAAACUACUGAGCCUUUUUGCAAAGUGGCUGUUCCAUUUUACAUCCCACCGGCAGUGCCCGAGAGCUCUGGCUGGUCCCCAUUCCCCCUGACACCUGGUGUUGCGAAAGGUUCCAAGUUUCGCCGUUCUAGUGAGUGUGUGGCUGUAUCUACCUCCUUGUGGUUUUAAUUUGCAUUUUCCUAUUGAAUUUUCAUCUCAAGCCCUUUUUCAUGGGUUUCUUCUUCAUUUAUUUGUCUUGCUUUGUAGUGAGUCUGUUGAAAUCUUUUGCCCGUUUUUCAAAGGGGGCUGUUUGUGUUGUGAUUAAUUACAUGCAGUAGUUCUUUAUACAUUUCAGAUGUGAAUCUUUUGACAAAUAGGUAUUUUGCUAAAAUUUUUCCCAGUCCAUAGCUUACUUAUUCAUUUUCUUCCUAGUAGCUUUUAAUGAGCAGGAGUUUUAAAUGAUGAUGAAACUAAUUUAUUGAUUUUUUUUUUUUCCUUCCUUGGUUACUGCCUUCUCCGUCCUAAGAAAUUCUACCAACGUCCAGGUCACUAAGAUAGUCUCCUUUAUCUUCUCCCAAGAGCUUUAUGGUUUUAACUUUUAUGCUCGGGUUAUAUGAUCCAUCUUGAAUUCACUGUUUGUAGAUGGUACGAGGUGGGGCCAAGUUUCGUUUUUGUCCAUAUGAAUAUUCAGGUCUUCCAGCACCAUUUGUGCAAUGAUUUUCCUUUCCCCGUGGAAUUGUUUUGGUGUCUUUGUCAAAAAUCAGUUGUCUUCAGUUAUUGUUUGGCUGGCCGGGCUGGUCACUAGGGAUAGUGGUUUGUCUUCCUGGAAGGGCUGGUUUCCGGGGCUGGUGACUGCAGAUCACAUGUUCUUGGGCUGGUUGCUACAGGUUGAGGGUCAGAGUGUUAUUUUUAUGCAUAGCCUGGCCAUUGUCCACUUGUACACUGAUUUCCUCAUUUGCUAAAACAGUUGCAAGCACACAUAAAAGUAGCGAGAGUAAUGUAAUAAAUCCAGACAUCCAUCACCUGGAUUUAAUAACCUUCAGCAUUUUGUCCUAUUUGAUCUGGAGCUGGAUGUUUUCAUGUGAGUCGUGGCAUCACAACAUUCCACCCCCCUGUGUUGUUUCAAGAUGGAGCUCCGUGUGGAUAAAGACAUUUUCUUCUGUGUCCCCAACACCAUACACAUUCUAAAUCCUUAGUGUCAUCUACAAUCCAAAUCCAAACUUCCCUGAAAUAAUCCUGAAAUCUCCUUGUACAAUUGGUUUCUUCUAGUCAGAAUCUCGAGGAGGAACCCAUUGCAUUUAAUUAUAUUUUAAAAUUAGCUGUAUGUAAACAUGUUAUUAAUCUUUAACCUGCAUGCAGAAAAGUAAUCACAUCAUAGUUUAUAGCUUGAAUAGUACACACCCAGAGAACCGGCUGGAGCCAGGGAGUCAGAGCCUGGCAGCACCCCAAAGUCUCCAUCAUGCCCCACCCCAGUCACCACCCCCACCAAAGGUAAGUGCCCUCCUAACCUUUAAUGGCACAGACUGUCUUACGUGGUUUUGAGUUUGUGUAAAUGUCCAGCUUCUCUUGGUCAGUGUCCUGCUUGGGCGCCUGCAGGUCCAGGCAUGAGGUUCAUUCUUUCCUCCUCAGGGCUGUGUCCCAGACCCGUGUCCCCUCACGGUGCCAGUCUGCAGCCUGUCCCCCGCCCUCAGUGCUGAGCUAUAAAUACCUCUCCACCCAGGACAUCUGCCUCCCACACACCGAGCGUGGCCUCCGGGGGAGAAGGACCCCAUUUCCCCUCUAAGUUGCCGCUCUGGGGGCUGAGCCAACAUUCAAACUCGGCACAAGACCCCUGAGCCACCCUCCACUGAGAGGCACGCUGGAGACGGAGGUCGAGAACAGGAAGGGGGUGUGAGGACUCCCCUGGCCUGGCCCUCGCUUCUAGCUGGUGCGGGUACCAGGUGUCCAGCCCACAGGAGCCGUGACGAUGGAGGAUGUCCCCAAGGCUGUGGAGGUUGACGAGAAGUCUCCAGAAUCCAAGGACCUGCUGCCCAGCCAGACGGCCAGCUCGCUGUGCAUCAGCUCCAGAAGCGAGUCUGUCUGGACCACCGCCCCCAGGAGUAGCUGGGAGAUCUACCGCAAGCCCGCCGUCAUCAUGUCUGUGGGCGGCGCCAUCCUCCUCUUCGGCGUGGUCCUCACCUGCUUGGCCUACACCCUGACACUGGGUAACAAGAGCCUGGAGGUCCUGAAGAUGACAGGGCCUGCCUUCCUGUCUCUGGGACUCAUGAUGCUGGUGUGCGGGCUGGUGUGGGUGCCCAUCAUCAAAAAGAAACAGAAGCAGAGACAGAAGUCAGUUUUCUUCCAGAGCCUCAAGUCCUUCUUUCUGAAUCGCUAAUGGUGGCCUCCCCCUCUGGCCUCCCAUCCGCCCUCUAACCUCAAUCAGGAGAAGAUCUGAUGGCCAACGUCCAACGUCCAACGUCCCCGGCUCCCUGGGGGGUGGGGUUUGCCAUAAAACUGAUGCAGGCAAGCCCUCUUCCUGGCCCCCUGGGAAAGAGCGAGCUCCCUCUGUGCCGCGGGGGGACACCGCUGGACGAUCUCAUUUAGUCUCUCUGUUCGCACCGAUGCUUCCCCAGAUCCUGGCCGCCAUCGCCAUUCAGGGCUCUUGCCUGGGCCUCUGCAGUCGGGUGGGCCUCAUCCGAUGCUCUCUGCCAAGUGCUAUGCAUGAUGGGAAAUUCCCUGGGCUGGGCGCUGCCCCGAGAAGAAGAAUCUCCUGUUUACGUAUCUGAGUGCCUGAGCUCAAUUCUGCAUUUGCUUCCUUCUAGAACCCAGACUGACCAACAGAGGUCCUUCAUGGAGGGAAGGAAGCUCUGACCACGGGGUUCGCGCUCCCUGUGGGCAAGACUUGCAUUUCAAGAGAGCAGACAAUUCACAGUAUCAAACAUUCCAAGGAGUGAGCAGUGAAGGGGCCGGGGGAAGAAACACUUCCUGGAAGGCACAUUUCCCCUGGAGUCAGCUCGAGAAGGUGCUUAACUCUCAGUUGUGCAGCAUUCACCCAGAGACAGUGGGGUGCGCGGGGGUGUCAGUCCCCCCCUGACCUCCUAACUCCUUCCCCGUGAAUACUCUCCCCUCUAAACUUGACACUUAGAGGAGGACAAGUGCCCAUUGCCGCGGCUCCCUCUUUCCCCGGCCCCUGCCUCUACCCCAUGAUUCCAGAAGAGCCAGAUGGAGAGCAGCUGCGGAGGGCCGGAGAAGCUUCUCCCUCCCUCACCACCUCGCAGAGUCAACACCAAGACCCAGGUCUGCACCUGAGUGUCUGAGGUCUCCAGAGAUGGGGGUUACUUGAGAAAAUCCCACUUCUGCUCUCCCCGCCUCCGCCCACCAACAGGCAAAUAUUCGGUGAGGACCCUGCUCUGGGCCAGGCCCCAGGGGACAGGGAUGAACACCAGAUGGUGCCUGCGCUCCCCUUCCUUCCACAAUGAGCGACACAGCCAGGCCCACAGGUGGCAGGAACACCUGGGGAGGGGGACAUGGAGGGGCAGCUGCCGCAGCCUUGGGCAAGAACAAAGGGAGUGCUGGAGUCUGUGCCACCCAACAGAACCCAAGGAAAGAGGGGAGCUGGCCAGAGGGAAGAAGAGUGGGCAGGCAGGAACCACCGGAGCAGCGCUGGGGCGGGAGGGAGCAGGAUAACGUCAGGGAACUGCCGUCAGUCACCUGAGUCCUCUCUCUUGGCUCUGCUUCCCCAAGUGCCUUAGUGCCGCUUCUCGGGCUCCUCCAGGGCCUCCAGGGGUGUGUGGCAGAGACUGGAAGGGGGGUUUCAGAGAGCCCACCAGGCAGAGAGCCCCCGUGAGGGAAGUGCUCUGCAAACCUCGGGCUUCCUGCAGCCCCCAAAGGCUCUCGGGUGACAGACCAGGAGGCUACUGUGAGAAAGCUGGCCAGGCUGCCCAGUGGAGAGCAUCUGAUAAGGAGGCGAAGGUGUGAGCUGACUCUCGGCUCCUCGCCUUCUGCCCCUGCCCCACUCACCACGACGCCACUAUGGCAACCUCUCGCUCUAACCGGCCUCCAGGUAGCUCCAUCCUUGAAGGUGAUUCCACACCUGGAGUCAGAGCUGCAUCUUGUUCCCUCUGCAUCAUGGGAAACUCCAUGGAGGAAAGCACCAGUGACAUGGGGACACCCCCUGCCCCACCCACCUAAGGACCCAGAGUCUGUCUGGGGAGCCUGUGGCCUUUCAGCGUCACCCAGAAUGAUUGCGUCUCUCAUUCAGACAGCAUGGCCAUGUCCUCUAGCCCACCUGUCCCCUGCACCCAGGCGGUCAGAACCAAUUAUGGGGCCGUUGCAAGCCCUGUGCCAUGCACCUGUAGUUCCAGUGCCUCAAGUGACCAGGCUUACAGACUGUUUUCUUUUCUUUGGCAUGAACGCAGAUUCGGCUUCAGCCCUGCAAUGUCACUCUCACACCCUGGAUGCUUUCUUACCGGGAAGCAGACAGGGAGGGCUCCCAGCUGGCUCCCCGGGAACCCACACUCCCGCAUCCCAGUUCCUCUGCCCACAAGCUUGGCAUCUGGGCACAGCUGUGGGAGGAGGGCCCAGGCAGCCACUGGUACCACGUGUGUCUCGGUGGAGCACAGUCUGGGGCUGACUUGACUCUAGCAGGCGUCCAGGGGCUGGGCUCACCUUGGGAGUCCCCAGCAGUCUUGCCCACGUCCCCUGCUCCCUAUGCUAGUUCUUCAGACAGAAAGAUGAGGAGAGAUCCCCCAGUGCAUCAUUCACCCCCUCUGGGGGCCCCAUGGGAAUGUGGACCAAGGCACAGGCUGGGGUCAUGGUGAGGGGCUUCCGCCAAAGACCAUCACCACACAGAAGCCUGAGGAGCAGGCCCAGCCCAGGUCAGAUGCGUGUUUGUGGGGAAGAGCAUCCCCAGCACGACUCCUCUCGUGCCCCUGGACGGGAGGUCAUGACCGGCACCCGUGCGUCCUGCUAACUGGAUCGUUAUCCCACCCAGAGCUGUUCUGUUUAAUCUGAGCGCUAAACGAAGCAACGGGAUGUUGAACCGUAUUCUGUUUAA